GACCAGGCAGAUAAAUAGACUGUCGCAGCGUUUGAUAUUUACACAAGGCCACUCCAUCUUAGAGGAUUUCUACUUUUUCUACUGGGCUGGUCUUCCUUCCGUCCAGCAGCCGAUCAUCUAAACAUCAGCUGCUCUCCAAUGAAAUCACCCUGCGCGCUCGUGCUCGGGUGCGUCAUUUGAGAAUAAAACAGGCGGCCCCCUCGACCAGGAGCUGACCCUGCGAGAGAUCUCUGAUACUUUGAGAAUGAGAUGACUAUCUGUAGCUUACAGUCUGUGGAAAUUGCUUGAAUUUCCCGACAGUCUCCAGCCACAGCUUGGAUUUUUUUUUACAUUCUCUUUAUACUGUUCCCGAGCGGUUGCAGGAAGACAAUGGGGAUGAUUUCAGGGUUCAUUUUUCUGUGCGCGCUCCAAGCUGCAAUCCCUCAAGGCUUGACCCCCCGUGGGCCCAGACCACUAGAUGGGAGAGGGGACAGUCCAGAGCCGACUGCACCUCCAUUCCCGCCUGAGCCCACGCCCAGACCUCAAGGUUGUGAGACCGGGAUAAUCGAUUGUCCCAUCAAGCUGUUUUUCACCAUCGACACCUCAGAGACCAUCGCCUUACAGGAGUCCCCGCCUGGUAUCCUGGUGGAAAACAUCAAAGAGUUCACCAAGAUCUUUGCCCAGAGGCUGUCUGACGAGGAGUACAGGGGCCAGAUCCAGAUCAGCUGGUCCAUAGGAGGCCUGCAUUUCUCCCAGACGCAGGUCGUCUUCAGCCAGUUCACGACCAGGGAGAACUUCAUCAGGAACCUCGGCGGGAUCAGGUACCUGGGGAAAGGCACCUACAUCGACUGUGCCCUGAAAAACAUGACCCACCAGCUGACUCACCACUACUCAGGAACGGACGCCGUCCUCUUCUCAGUGGUCAUCACGGACGGCCACGUGACGGGAAAUCCAUGUGGGGGGAUCAAGGUGAUGGCAGAGAGGGCCCGCGAGAGCGGGAUUCAAAUAUUCUCAGUGGCAUCGUCCAGAAAAAUCGAUGAUGUCGGGAUGAUAGAGAUAGCCAGCUCUCCCACUGAACUCUUUCGUGACGACUACAUCGCUGUGGACAUCGUUGACGGGCGGCCGCAGAUAAACACUGAAUCCAUUGAUCGCAUCAUAAAAGCCAUGAAAUAUCAAGCGUAUUCAAAGUGUUAUGAACAUAAAUGCUUUGAGGCUCCUGGGAUCCCUGGAUCAACAGGGCCUCGAGGUCCAAAGGGUAUAAAAGGAGACAGAGGUAAUGCUGGACCAAAAGGUGAAAAGGGCAGACAUGGUGAUCCUGGCAUUGAAGGUCCAAUCGGACGACCUGGUCCAAAGGGAGCGAUUGGUUUGACAGGUGAUAAGGGUGAAAUCGGAGACUGGGGAGCACAGGGUGUGGCAGGAGUACCUGGCAGGAAUGGAAGCGACGGCCAAAAGGGUAAAAUUGGCCGAAUUGGAGCUCCUGGUUGCAAAGGUGACCCGGGUGAUAAGGGACCAGAUGGCUACCAUGGAGACGUUGGUGACACUGGGCCACCUGGUGACAAGGGAGGAAAGGGAGAUGUGGGCCUCUCUGGGAAGUCGGGCCCCCCUGGUCCCGAGGGUGAACCAGGGCCAAAGGGUGAAAUGGGAAAUCCUGGAAAUCCGGGGCCGCCAGGGAAAAAGGGAAUUCCGGGGCUUGAAGGUUUACCAGGACCAAAAGGAGAAGAGGGAAGGAGAGGAGAUUCUGGAGCAAAGGGAGCACCAGGACCUGAUGGCUUUAAUGGAGAGAAGGGAGAACUAGGUCCCGAGGGAGGCAGAGGUCGGUCGGGGGAAGACGGACUCAAGGGAGCAACGGGAGAUCAAGGACUACAAGGACCGAGGGGUCAGCCGGGAGAGUCAGGGGGCCCAGGAGCAAGUGGCACUAGGGGAGAUCCAGGAGACCCUGGACCAAGGGGGGACUCUGGAUCCCCUGGACCAAAGGGCGACGGGGGAAGACAAGGAUUCAGCUAUCCUGGACAGAGAGGACCCACCGGAGACAGAGGUGAUCCGGGCAGUCGAGGACCCCGGGGAGGCAGAGGUGACUGUGGCGCCAAAGGAGAUCAAGGACACAAAGGACUUCCAGGAGAGCUUGGAGAAUCAGGUCAGCUCGGAGAGGCAGGAGAGCGAGGACCCCGCGGAGAGCCUGGAACUGAUGGCGACCGAGGACCAGCGGGUGAUCCUGGCCUUACUGACUGUGAUGUCAUGACUUACAUCAGGGAGACGUGCGGUUGUUGUGACUGUGAGAAGCGCUGCGGAGCUCUGGACAUCGUAUUUGUAAUUGAUAGCUCAGAGAGUGUCGGGCUGACAAACUUCACCCUGGAAAAGAACUUUGUUAUCAACACCAUCAACAGAAUGGGCUCCAUGGCCAGCGACCCCACGUCACCAACCGGCACAAGAGUCGGAGUUGUACAGUUCAGUCACAACGGGACUUUUGAGGCCGUCCAUCUCGACGACCCGAACAUAAACUCCAUGGCGGCCUUUAAAAUGGCAGUGAAGAAUCUCAAGUGGAUCGCCGGUGGCACCUUCACGCCGUCGGCUCUCAAGUUCGCCUACGAUACGCUCAUCAAGAACAGCAAGAGGGCCCGAGCCAAGGUAUCCGUGGUGGUGAUCACAGACGGCCGAUUUGACCCACGCGACGACGAGGAUCUGCUCAGGUACCUCUGUGAUGAUGACAACGUGGUGGUGAACGCCAUUGGGGUCGGGGAUAUGUUUAAAAGGGAGCAGGAUGACGAAAUCCUGGGGUCGAUAGCGUGCGGAAAUAAGAAACGGGUCACUGAGAUGAAGCAUUACGUUGACUUGGUGGCUGAAGACUUCAUAGAAACAAUGGAGACUGUGCUCUGUCCAGACCCAGUGAUUGUGUGCCCUGAUCUCCCCUGCAAAAGAGAACCCGAUGUGGCUCAGUGCGUCGGGCGGCCAGUAGAUCUGGUCUUUCUGCUCGAUGGCUCGGAGCGCCUCGGGACAGAGAACUUCCAGCAUGUCAGAGAAUUUGUGCAGAAGGCGUCGGAGAGACUGGGACUCGCCCAGAGCAGUACCGAUCGCAUGCGAGCCCGCAUGGCGCUGGUUGAGUUCGGCAAGGAGAGCGAGAACCACAUAGCCUUCCCCCUCACACACGACCCUGCCCUCAUCGCUGACGGCAUUGCACGCAUGCCUUAUCUGGAUUCUUCCUCGAGCGUGGGGCCCGCCAUCAUCCACGCCAUAGACAACGUCUUGGGUAAAGGAAAUGCUCGCCAGACGAGACACGAGGCAGAGGUUUCGUUCGUCUUCAUCACAGACGGCGUCACCGGCAGCAGCAACCUGGAGGAGGCAGUUAGCGCGAUGCGCGGGGCACAGGUCGUCUCCACAGUGAUAGCCACCGGCAGUGACAUUGACCAGGAAGUCCUAAUGAAGCUGGCUAUGAGUGACCCGGACGCCAUCUUUAAAGGAAAAGACUUGUCUGAUCUGUCUCGGUCCAGCUUCUUUGACCGUUUCAUCCGGUGGGUAUGUUAAAGAGGGACCAUACUCAUGUGGACAUGAAUAUCAUGCUGGUGCUACUGCUGUUCAUCUAACAUUUUAAACAGGAGAUAUGUUUAUUAUGAUUCCACUAUGCACUCCACAAUUUCAAAAAGAUGCCACUUAAACUGUAUUCAUCCUCAGUAUUUUUUUCCAACAAAUAUAUAAAACAAGUUGAGCAUUCUUCAACACUUAAAACUUUACUGAUCAAAAAUAAUAAACUUGCAGUCUGUUGGCUGCUGAGGUGC